AUGUCUACAGACGGAGACGGUUGUCUUGGAGACGGCGGCGACGAUGAAGAUGGCGACGGAGACGGCGAGGGAGCCAUGCCUGGACGGAUAGAGGCUCCCUGGUCAACCGAAGCCGUAAAUGGGCAAAAGAAACGAAAGAAGCCAAAGAAGAAGAAGAAUAAGUCGCCACCUCUUCCCAUGAAGCAAUCGUCUCCACCAAGGGUCCUGCUCAGUGACCUCUUCCCCUCGGGUGUGUAUCCCGAGGGCGAAACCCAGGUCUACACGAAAGCGCGAAGCGCGUCGUUUGAAGCACGCUACGAUACUCGCCUGUACACGAAAGAUGAAGAGUUUCUCCAAAACUACCGCAAAGCGGCGGAGGUCCAUCGCCAAGCCCGACAAUGGGCACAGGAAACAGUAAAACCCGGCCACACUCUCCUGAACAUCGCCGAAGGGAUUGAGGACAGCGUAAGAGCGCUACUGGGCCAUGCUGGUCUGGAGACCGGAGACUGCCUUAAAGCAGGUAUGGGUUUCCCGGUGGGUCUUUGCCUAAAUAACCAGACUGCACACUACACGCCCAAUCCAGGCCAGAAGGAUGUUGUGCUGCAACAUCAGGAUGUCAUGAAAAUUGACUUUGGUGUCCACAUCAAUGGCUGGAUUGUCGAUAGCGCCUUCACCAUGUCCUUCGACCCGACCUACGACAAUCUUCUAGCUGCGGUCAAGGAUGCCACUAACACAGGAAUCAAGAAUGCUGGAAUCGACGUUCGUAUAAGCGAUGUGAGCGCUUCAAUUCAAGAGGCGAUGGAGAGCUAUGAGGUUGAGAUCCGCGGCAAGACUUUCCCCGUCAAGCCAGUCCGAAACAUUACCGCACAUGAUAUCAAACACUACCGCAUUCACGGCGGGAAGUCCAUACCAUUUGUGAAGAACUCGGACCAGACAAAGAUGGAGGAGGGCGAAGUAUUCGCCAUCGAGACGUUCGGAACGACGGGGCGUGGCUACCUACACGAUGAUGUGGGUGUCUACGGCUACGGACUGAAUUACGACGCGCCAGCGGCGGUGUCAUUACCCCUGGCAUCGGCCAGGCGUCUGCGCAAGACCAUCAAGGAGAACUUUGGCACCCUAGUGUUUUGUCGUCGCUACCUCGAGCGACUUGGCCAAGAGAGGUAUCUAGCCGGCAUGAAUUGUCUCGUCUCAAACGGAGUUGUGGAUGCAUAUUACCCUCUGGCAGAUAUCAACGGCUCAUACACGGCUCAGUUCGAACACACUCUCCUCUUGCGGGAGACACACAAGGAGGUCUUCAGUCGUGGAGAUGACUACUGA